AUGUUGGAGCCUCGGAGGUUGUGGGGGGGUUCUCGUUUUCCUCUCACUUCCCUCUCACUUCCCUCCUACUUCUUUUCUCACACUUUCCCCCUACCCAUACUCCCUCCUGUCAACCUCCCCUCCUCACCAGUGGACGGCCUUCACUCUAGAAGUGGCAUCCCAUCAAGCCGUCUAUCAGAGCUGCAUGGAUCAGUGUAUCGCGAGAGAUGCUCUGAGUGUGAGGCCAAGUGCCUUUUCCUCUCACUCCCGUCCAACCAUUCACUGUCCCGUCCACCUCCCCUCCUCACCAGUGGACGGCCUUCAUUCCAGAAGUGGCAUCCCAUCGAGCUGUCUAUCAGUGCGGAGCGAAGUACCUUUCCCUCUCACUCCCGUCGACCCGUACUCUGUCCCGUCCACCUCCCCUCCUCAUCAGUGGACGGCCUUUACUCCAGAAGCGGCAUCUCAUCGAGCCGUCUAUCAGACCUGCAUGGAUCAGUGUACCGGGAGAGGUGCCAGGAGUUGGACGGCCUUCACUCUCGGAGCGGCAUCCCCCCUCACCGUCUAUCGGAGCUGCAUGGGUCGGUGUAUCGCGAGAGGUGCCGGGAGUGUGGGGCCAAGUACCUGCGUCCGUUUGAUGUCACGGCGGCUAGAGGCUCCUCCUACCAUCGCCACAAGACCGGACGGCUGUGCACCUCCAUGGCUGGUGCUGGCGCUGGUGCUGCUGCAUGUGCCAGUGGUGGUGGUGUUGAUGCUGCUAAAUCAGCUCACGCUGCUGUUGAUGUAUCAGCCAGGUGUAACGAGAGGGAGCGGAAGGAGGUGGAAGAGGAGGAAGAGGAGGAUAAGCAGCAGAGGGUGCCACGUGUUCAGAAUUCCGUUCAAAAUUCUGUUCAGAAUCCUGUUCGGAAGCCAAGAAGUUCUGCAAAGGUGCGAGCUCAGGUGUCCACAGGAGGAGGGGGCAGUGUGAAAGAGGAGAGCCAGGAGGUGCUGGUGGUGGGUGAGUGGGGGAGGCAGGGGCAUGAACCUGGAGCGGCGACUUCGAGUGAUAUUGAAGAAAGUCCUGGAGUGGUGCCACCAGCCAGCAAACUCCCUCGCCUAGCAACUCAUCUGGUGAUCAUCAACCUUCAGCGCACGCCUCUCGCACUGACGCCGUUCUCCCCCUCUUUCUCUCCUCCUCCCUCUCCUUACUCCCACCAGGUGCCACCAGCCAGCAAACUCCCCCGCCUAGCAACUCAUCUGGUGAUCAUCAACCUUCAGCGCACGCCUCUCGCACUGACGCCGUUCUCCCCCUCUUUCUCUCCUCCUCCCUCUCCUUACUCCCACCAGGUGCCACCAGCCAGCAAACUCCCCCGCCUAGCAACUCAUCUGGUGAUCAUCAACCUUCAGCGCACGCCUCUCGCACUGACGCCGUUCUCCCCCUCUUUCUCUCCUCCUCCCUCUCCUUACUCCCACCAGGUGCCACCAGCCAGCAAACUCCCCCGCCUAGCAACUCAUCUGGUGAUCAUCAACCUUCAGCGCACGCCUCUCGCACUGACGCCGUUCUCCCCCUCUUUCUCUCCUCCUCCCUCUCCUUACUCCCACCAGGUGCCACCAGCCAGCAAGCUCCCCCGCCUGGCGACCCACCUGGUGAUAAUCAACCUCCAACGCACCCCUCUCGACCGCCACGCUUCCAUCACCAUCCGCGCUCGCAUCGACGCCGUUCUACCCCGCCUGCUGCAUCUGCUGCACCUCCCCCUGCCCGCUUACCUCCCCCAUUCAGACCCCCUCCUUUCCCUCCCCAGCACUCGUCUCCACUCCCUCACACACACUAUUCGCCUCCCCCUCUCCUGCAUUCCUCCACCUUCCCCAUCGCCCAAGCGGAGCACGCAAGCUGCAGAGGAAAAGGGAAAAGACGAGACUAAUACAUUGCCUCAGAAGGACAAUGUUCCAAGUGCUAGUGGAGGUAGCACCAGGCCCAUUCUCUUCUUGCACAAGGCAACGGGGACCAAGGGGAGGAGGAAGAAACAGAGAGCUAGGACCUCGUUUCCUCGCCCGAACAUCAAACCUCCUCUGUCGCGCCUCUCGCGCCUCUCUUGCGCCUCUGUUGCGCCUCUGUUGCGCAUCUUCGCGCCUCUGUCGGGCCUCUGUCUGCGCCUUUCUUGCGCCUCUGUUGCGCCUCUGUUCUCCUCUUCGGUAGCCUAUUCACCACUUCGGGACCCCCAGCGUUAUCAUCAUGGGGUCGAUGUGCGCCUCUCCUGCGGGACUCCUGCUGCUCGCCCUUGCCCUCAUCUGCGACCUCUCUCCUCUGUGUUGCAGAUCCUGCCUGUGCGGCGUUGGGCUGUGAGCCGGAUGGCACCUGUGAGGUGGAUCAAAACGGAGAGCGCUACUGCAAUCCCCCACUACCAAUUGCACUCACAUACCGCACUGCACCCAUCCCCACCCCUCACAGCCUCACCCUGCGGCGCCUGCCCCUCUGGUGCCACCUGCAAGACCGUGCCUGCGACAAGAAACAGCUCGCUGCAGGUGGAGCGUCCACCGUCACCUCCUUAA